UUCACCUAACUUCAAUUCUGAUACGUUAUUACCCAAAGAACUGAUACCAGAAGUUUCACCUGCCAGUUUCAAGCCUCAAGUUCUCGACUCUGAUAUUCAGCUAUGUAAUAGUUCAACAUCUGAAGUCAGUGAGAACAUCAACCUAAGUUGUCCUACCUCUGAAUCAGUGAUCCAUAAUCAAAAGAGAGUUUCCAGAGGGAUAUAUCACAGGAUAGCUUGCUUGUCUCCAGAAGCUGGUCAUAUGUCCAAAAUUUCUAAGAUGACCCAUCCUGAAAAAAUCUUGCCUGAAGUAAAUACAUCUCAAAUCACUCCAGCUAAAGCAGAUGAUAAUGAUCUCACAGAUCUUAAGAAGGAAGAUUUCUGUGAUGGUGAGGUAAGAAAAGUGAAGAAAAGGAAACGUCAAGCGCAUGUCAUAUUUCAUGAAAAGUUGGAUGAAAAACUUGACGGUAUAAAACUGUCUGAUGCAACUGUAGUUUCUUCGUUGCCAUCUACUUCAUCGGUAUCAUCUUCCACAUCAAUUCGACGAAAACAAUCUCCAGAAGAGUUACGAGGUUAUGAAGAAGAAGAUGAGGAUGGAGCUUCUUCAUCUGCUUCAAAAAAAGCUCGGAAGGAGGAAAACCCAACUAGUAACGUUUAUAGCGAGUUGGCACAUCAGAUAAUACCGCGAACUGACUCCUCUGAGUCUUCAAAAGUGAUAAAUGAUGAAGAAAGGAUGGUCAAAAAUGAUGAAGAACUAGAGUUAUAUGCCAAGGAGUCAAUCCGGGACGAUGAAGAGAAAUGGAUUGUGUGUGGUACUGAUUUGUGUAAUGAAUUAACUAAAUGGAAACAAAAGAAAGCUCGACCGCGUACUGAUUUGGGAUUCUACGACAUAGUAGACAUCACACCAGGAUCAAAUAGUGAUUUCGUACGAUCAUUACCCAUUGAUGUAGUACGCGAAAUAAGGCAAUCAAAACAUUGCCAACAGUUAAAAAUGGACGAUACGGAUGGCAUGAAAAAAUAUAUUGUUAACUUUAUUAAGGCGAAAGAUUUUCGUAAGCUUGUAGAUGAAAGCUACAUGAAAACACGAAUCAACAAUAAUACGAAAUUCAUAUGGGACUAUUUGAACAUCCUUGUUGAAUCAUUUGAACGAAACAAUGAUCUCGCAGAAUAUAAUUUAUCUGAGUUAGGAUAUCGGGAAAUCUUCCUCGCACCCCUAAUGCGUAGUCUAUUCCGUGGAAUGCACCGGGAAAUGAAUAUUUUUUUUGGCGAAAAGUGUCUGUUCGCCUCAUCAGAGGAUCGCAAUUUGGAAAAGAACGAUGAGGAAGAUCGUAGUGCUGGCCGAAAAAUAGACAUCAUCUGGUCUAUGAAACCGACCGACCUUGAGUUUUCCAUAUGCGAAGUUAGUGGUCCCCCAAACCAACACAACCAUACCCAUUUUUUUAACGAUAAAUUAAAGAUCGCCAAAAUGUUGAAGGUGAUCCUUAAUAGGAUCGUAAGAAAGUACGGUAGUGUGGGCAUUAAUUUGACUUCAUUAAAAUUGUAUGGCCUACAUGUUUAUUAUAAUGAGAUAAUAGUGUACGAAAUGUCAAUACCUUCUGGUGGAUUAUACGUUUUCUGUGAAGUUUUACGGUCAAAACUGCCAACAAAUGAGGUUGAAGUGGGAUUAUUGUUACGAUCAGUACCGGCAUUGCUAAAAUUCAGGAAGUUACUUGAGGAGAGUUUGACUGAUCUGAAAGAUUAUAUUCAAGAUGCGUGUACUCGUACACCGGAUGAUAAUGGAAACGCAGGCCUAUUUAUUACGCAUACCGAUUUGACUCCCACAGCAAAUAGAAAACAAUCGAAUUAA